AGUUGCCGGAUGACGUCACUGGCGGGUAUGACGUGUUGCUGCGCAGCUGCGUAAUGGCGCUGCUCUGCAGUACGGUCGGGCUCGCCGCCGGACAGUGUCGGGCUGGCCGGGCGGAGGGAGGGCACGUCGCCGCUGGCCGCUGCACGUCGGUCGCGUGGCUGGCACGGACCGCACUGGCCGAGGUCAAGGUCGGUUGCGAGCUGCUGUGACGCUGCCAAGACGAACGUCGACGAACGGUGUGUAGCUGCGUCGGAUUGAGCUGAACUCAGUGAGGUGUGGCUGGGUAUACGGUGGCGACUCUGAAGGAACUGACCUGGGUCACGAUAAACUAGUCAGGCCAGGUCACGGAGCGGCACAGUUCAGUGCUCUUUCGUACAGAGGUGUGUGACAGAACCGCUCCCGUCGUUAUUUGGUGAUCUCGUCGGCUGUACGCGGCAAAAGGAGCUGUAGUGGUGGACUCGUUAAACCGAACGAUACGGGCUCCGUUCGGGUCUGGUAACCGAGGUUCCAUAACCGGGCACUGCCCGUGACCGGGAGUUCGGAACCGGACCGCCCAGUGUUGACUGCGAGCCAGAGAACCUCAUAAGAACCCCAGAGGAACCUUCAGCAUCGGCUAAGGAGUGUGUUCCCAGUGCACGUUCUGUGCAGGUCUGACCUGACCUGACCUGACCUGACCUGAGCUGGUCUCACCGCGAUGGAGUUUAUGCGUCGAUGGUCGAGCAGCUCCCGUCGGAGAUGCGCCUCAGAGUCGGAGUCGGACUCGCAGACUCGCACCAAGGCGGCAUGCCGCGCCGCUCAGUCGCUGGUGCGGAAGAUGUCUGUGCCCGUGUCGGAGGGCCGGGUGCCCCCGGUCCGCGGCGGCUCGAGCUCGCCCGCACCCGUGCCGGCCGGUUCUGCCCCGUCCAAGACUGGCUCGGCCUCUGAUCAGGAGAGCUGCACACCGCCGGCGGGAGGCACCACGCCGCGCAGACCCACCCGACGCUCGGCACAGGAUUACAGGUUCGGCCGAGAGAUUGGCCAGGGCAGCUUUUCCACCGUCUACAUCGGCAAGGACAUCCACAUCGACAGGGAGGUGGCCAUUAAAGUCUGCGAGAAGCGUCACAUCAUCCGUGAGCGUAAAGCAGAGUACGUGCGCCGAGAGCGAGACAUCCUGAAUCACCUGAGUCAGAGCCGGCGCCGCGACUGUCCGUUCUUCAUAUCGCUCUACUGCACCUUCCAGGACGAGGAGCGACUCUAUUUCGUUCUAUCGUACGCGAAGCGGGGUGAGUUGCUGAGCCACCUGACCAAAGUUGGGACGUUCGACCUGUCUGUCACCAAGUUCUACACGGCAGAGCUGGUGCACGCCGUGGAGCACCUGCACAGGACCGGGGUUAUACACAGGGACCUGAAGCCGGAGAACAUCCUGCUGGACGAGCAGAUGCACAUCAAGAUCUCCGACUUCGGCUCAGCCAAGAUGAUGACGCGGGACGAGGGUCGGCAGCUGCUGGCGCAGAGCCGUGCGGCGCCGGCCGCGGACGCAGACGGAGACGGAGACGGAGAGGGGGAGGACGAGUCUGACACCAUGGCUGAGAACGAGCGCCCCCCUCCGACGCGUCGGAACAGUUUCGUGGGCACUGCCGAGUACGUGUCCCCGGAGCUACUCCAAGAGAAGACUACCUCCCACGCCAGUGACCUGUGGGCCCUCGGCUGUGUCGUGUACCAGAUGGUAGCCGGUCUGCCGCCGUUCAGAUCCAGGAGUCAGUACAUGAUCUUCAAGAAGAUCCUGGCACUGGACUACGUCAUUCCGCCCGAGGGCUUCUCCGUCGAGGUCACUGACCUCAUUCAGAAGCUAUUGGUUCUGGAGCCGUGGAAGCGGCUGGGUGCCGACGAUCCAGGCACGGACUAUCCCUCGCUGAAGGCGCAUCCCUUCUUUGCCGGCGUGGAGUUUACCCAGUUGCACGAACAGACGCCUCCAGUCAUUUACCCGUUCCUGCCAGGAAACGAGGAGCACGGAGACCUCCGCAGCAGCUACAGAGUGCCAGACGACCUGGAACCGGGUCUCAGUGACCGCCAGCUCACCCAGGUGCUCCUGAACAGCAUGUCGCUGGACGACUGGCAGCAGGACUCGGCCUCUCCGCCUGCCAGCUCUCCGGACGAGCCGCCGCCGGCGCCGUCCGACCCCAACCAGAGACUGCAGGCGCGCGCAGCCAGAAACAAACGCAACAUCGCGGAUGUCCCCGAAGACGAGGCGGCCCGCCGAUUGGCCGUCCAGGAGCGCGACAACAAGUGGCACCGGUUCGUCGAGGGCCACCUCAUCCUCAAACAGGGUCUCAUCGACAAGCGCAAGGGUCUGUUCGCGCGCCGGCGGAUGUUCCUGCUGACGCUGGGGCCUCAUCUGUACUACGUGGACCCCGUAAACAUGGUGCUCAAGGGAGAAAUUCCAUGGUCGCGCGAACUGCGACCAGAGGUGAAGAACUUCAAACACUUCUUCGUACACACGCCGGGCCGUACCUACUACCUCGAGGACACCCAAGGCUACGCGCUCGAGUGGGUCAAAGCCAUCGAGGAAGUUCGGGUCCAUACUUACGGCAGCGAUUGACGACCGGCGCGUGCUAGGUCAGCUAGCACCUCCGCAAGAUAAACUAGCACCUCCGCGAGAUAAACUAGCACCUCCGCAAGGCGAACUAGCACCUCCGCAAGGCGAACUCGCACCUCCGCAAGAUAAACUAGCACCCGAGUUCGAAGAGGCUAGCGCCUGCGGCUGAUGGCCUAACGCCUCCGUAAGAUGAACUAGCACCUCUGUCUGAUGGACUAGCACGCCCUGUGUCAGCUCCGCGACUGUCGUGGACGGCCGGCCGCCGCUGUGAGGUUUGCACUCGGGCGAAAUGUCCUGUGGCGGCCUCUGAGGAUCGUCCAGACCAGCUCGUGGGUAGCAGAACGAACCAGGCGGGUCCUGAGGCACACAGAGACCAGACCAUACCGUGCCGGAACCGUGAGGGUGCACCGUGACAGCACGUGACGUUCCUUGUCGAUGGCUUCGGUCGUUCGGUAGCAGCGGGGGAAGUCUACUGACGCGUUAUGGUCGAACUCCAGUGGUGGCGUAUAGUGUGACUGGGUGGUUCUCUGAAACUGAUGCCGUACAGCGGGGUGCCGUACACCGGUUAACAGGCGGAGGACGGAUAGACGGUCAGACCUCGGAGUCACUGCUCGCUGCGGACGAAGCCCAUCCGGCUGACUGGCCGUAUUGUGGAAGAGGUACCUGUGCUAGUGACUAGUGAGUGACGAGAAGAGAGAGUGGGAUGGAGCUAGGGAGGAGUAGUGAAUCGUGAUAAGUUAGGUGUGGAUCCAGACGGCAUCGCCGCCGCCGCUGGGGCAGUGGGGGCGCCGCCGGCACCACAGCGCUUAUGGUGACAUCUGUCGGCGGCGGCGCGAAACUGAAGUUGUCGACGUGGCCGCACUGGCGCUAAUUGUACAUAGCUGUGAGCUGACGAAGCGGAGUAUCCCUGUUUUGCGCUGGGUCCAUCCAUGACCCGUCUUUCUAGCAGGCCGCUGGUCGGCCGGACGAUGCAGAGUGUGCGGAUUCGGCACUGACUUUUGGGAGAUGAGCGGGAGACGGGUCUGUCCACGGGGUGACCCUACCUCGCAAAGGCGCCAUAUUUGAAUGGGACGACUGUGCUGCUUCGGCGCGGCAGUGGGGAUGCUGGGCUCACUGGAUGUUUCUGGGUACCGUCUCUGAGGGGGUCAGCCGAGUGGUUUCCAUGGUAACGAACCGCCGCUGACUGUGGAUGUGUGUUGGUGCCGUAACCCGGAUUCUGGUCGCAGUUUCUUGAGGUUCUCCCGCACGAAUCGACGCUAACGGUGAUCGUCCGUGCCGGAGACCAUUGUUUCGGGCCGAGACCGGUGGUCCUUUGUGGUCCCGCGCCGGUCCGCUCUUCAUUUCCCGCCCUCAAAGCGGUCUCCCAACCGCGACACCGUAGCCUCUAUCGAGGCAUGUGCAAUAGCGCGGUUGGGCGUGUGCGAGAGGCUACUGAGUGUUCUUCCGAUUUCUUCCAGUCAGCACGUGCUAGAAUGGGCGGGCUUUGCAGUGCGAGACCACAAAGAUGCCGCGGUCGAUGGGGUUUGAACCAACGCACUCCCGAUGAAUACCUUUGCGAUGCAAAUACGAGUUGUUGGGUGGUGUGCAUUGAGCAAUUGUAAAUUGUAUUGUUGUUGGGUUUGUAAAUAAGAAGUAUAUAAGUCCCCAUGAGAUGUGAGAAUGUUUGAAUGGCCAAUGAUGCACUGAGGUAUUUAUUUAACCUGCUGGAAAUACAUGAGGGGUAUUUGUUA